AGUCUCUUGGGUCUUUUCUGGUGUGUAGACAUUUUUUACUUGUUUGGAAUACAAAACUGGGAGCAGAAUGUUUGCUGGAUCUCAUUUCCUGGUUUCAAAGUCCUGUGGCCUGAUCAGCAAAGAAUCUGGGAGACCCUCUAACCACGGAAUGGAGGCAGUGACCUUUGAGGAUGUGCUUGUGAACUUCAGCAAUGAGGAGUGGGGUUUGCUGAGUCCAUCCCAAAAGAACCUCUACAGAGAUGUGAUGGGCGAAACCUUUAGGAACUUGGCUGCAAUAGGAGGACUUGCGGAUAUCCAGGAAGCUAAAAAAGAAUGCAAGAUUUCCUGGAGAUACUUAAGAAAUGACAAGCUAGGGAAGUCCUAUGGACAUACAUCUUGGAAUCAGUGUAAAGAAGUAUUCCUUUGUACUGCAGAAGGUAAUGUGUAUGUGAAAGAAACAGAAGCACACCACAAUGUUCAGAUACAGAAAAAAUAUUGCAGUGGAGGGAAACCCUAUGUAUGUCAGCAAUGUGGAAAAGGUUUCACCAAAUCUGGACAUUAUAAGCAACAUGAAAGAAUUCACACUGGAGAGAAACCAUAUGUAUGUAAGCAAUGUGGGAAAGUUUUUAAAACACGUGCGUAUUGUAAGGUUCAUGUAAGAUUUCACACUGGAGAGAAACCUUAUGCAUGUAAGCAAAGUGGGAAAGCUUUUAACACAAAGGGAUAUUGUAAGCAACAUGAAAGAAUUCACACUGGAGAGAAACCCUAUGUAUGUAAGCAAUGUGGGAAAGCUUUUACCACCCAUGGACAGUGUAAGGAACAUGAAAGAAUUCACACUGGAGAGAAACCAUAUGUAUGUAAGCAAUGUGGUAAAGCUUUUAAUAUACGGGCAGAUUGUAAGAAACAUGAAAGGAUUCACACUGGAGAGAAACCCUAUGUAUGUAAGCAAUGUGGGAAAGCUUUUACCACCCAUGGACAGUGUAAGGAACAUGAAAGAAUUCACACUGGAGUGAAACCGUAUGUAUGUAACCAAUGUGGGAAAGCUUUUAAUACACGGGCAAAUUGUAAGAAACAUGAAAGGAUUCACACUGGAGAGAAACCCUAUGUAUGUAAGCAAUGUGGGAAAGCUUUUACCACCCAUGGACAGUGUAAGGAACAUGAAAGAAUUCACACUGGAGAGAAACCCUAUAUAUGUAAGCAAUGUGGAAAAGGUUUUACCAUCUCUGGACAUUGUAAGCAACAUGAAAGAAUUCACACUGGAGAGAAACCCUAUGUAUGUAAGCAAUGUGGGAAAGCUUUUACCCAACAUGGACAGUGUAAGCAACAUGAAAGAAUUCACACUGGAGAGAAACCCUAUGUAUGUAAGCAAUGUGGGAAAGCUUUUAACACACAGGGAUAUUGUAAGAAACAUGAAAGAAUUCACACUGGAGAGAAACCCUAUGUAUGUAAGCAAUGUGGGAAAGCUUUUACCCAACAUGGACAGUGUAAGCAACAUGAAAGAAUUCAUACUGGAGAGAAACCCUAUGUAUGUAAGCAAUGUGGGAAAACCUUUACCCAACAUGUACAUUGUAAGCAACAUGAAAGUUCACACUCAAGAUAAAACCAGUGUAUAUAAGUAUCAUGAGAAUUUUUGAGCACACGUACAUAUUGCAUGAUGCAUGAAAUCUUCACACUGGACAGAAAACUUAUAUAUGUAAGGAAUGUGGGAAAGGUUUCAGCAGAAAUGCUCAUUGUCCAAAACAUGAAAAAAAUUACAUUUUUGAGAAACCCUGUGUAUGUGACAAAUGUGGGAAAGCUUUCACCACAUAUGGAUAUUGUAAAAUACAUCAAUGACUUUACCCUGAUGAGAAACCCUAUGCAUAUAAAAAUGUGGCAAAGCUUUUACUGCAUAUUGAAAGAAUUCACACUGGGAAGAACCACUGACUAUGGAAGCAAGUAGAGACACUUUCAGCAGCCAUAUUGUAAGUGAAAUAAGUGAAAAAACUCACACAAGCGAUAAAUUCUAUGUGUUAUGGGAACCCUCAGCACACAUGAUCAUUGUAACAUAUCUGAAAGGGCUCACUGCAUCCUAUGUGGAUUAACAAUGUGAGAAAUAUGGCAAUACAUGUUUGUUGUUAAAUACACAGAAAAAACAUCACUCUUCAGACAGUGUAGAUCUAAGUUUACUUUAAAAAUCCCUAGGAGACCUGAAGAAAUAAUCAAUAAAGAAUUUUGAUGUCAAUAUUUCUUCACAAUUUUACAGAAAUGACAAAUCUGAGAAUCUCUCCUCAAGUGUACAUGUUGUAUGGUUUUCAGUUAAUCACUUGUACCUCUUUAGAUUUUUUUAAAGUGUCUUUGUGCUUCAACAUGGUAUCUUGUAAUUAAACAUGGUAAACUAAAAUGCACUUUUCAAUUUCAAGUAUGGAUAGUGUCUAUGUACUUAAUAUUUUGUCUUUAAAUAUUUUAUAUUUUUGCGAACUUUAAUGUUGUUUAUUUAAAGAGAAAAAACAGAAAAAUGUAUAGAAAUAAUACAGAAUUUCAGAAAAAUAAUAACAAAUCACUAGUUGAUUUGUUACAUAUUGUCAUCUUUGAAGUAGUUGUUCAAGUUAUAAAAUUAAAGCACAGAAAGUGAUAUUCCAAUAAUGACACUGUGAACAGUUCACCUCUAUGAUCGAACAAAAACUUAUUAAUAUGCUUAUCUGUCCUACACACUUGUAUUUUUCUUAAAGAGUGUAAGAUUAAACAUGACAAAACAGAAGAUAACAGUUCAUAAGAAAACAAGUUAAGGAAACACAGAUUUCAAAGCAAGUCCACUGGAGAUGUUCACAGUCUAUCUUACUGUCUCUAGUUUUCUUCGAAAUAGUUUUUCCUAUCUUCACAUGCAUUAAAUAUAUACUAAACACUAUAAAUCUAAGCAAAUAAUUACAGAAUGAUGCAGGCUUUUUGGGUCUUCAAGACUGAUUUUGAGGAAGUCGAAAAUGACUAUGAUAAUAUCUCUCAUUCUCUUAGUAAUAGCUGUCUUUCUCUUUAUGUAUGCUCAAAUUGAGCAUAAGAGACUAGACUAAUAUCACUCUGAACAGUGAAUAAUAGCAUCCUGAGAAGGAGAAAGGUGAAUUGCCUAAUAAAAGAAGGCAGAGGACAUUGUUAAAAGUGUAUCAGGAUUUAAAAGCUACGGUAGUCUUAUUGCUCUGUUUAGUUUGAUUAUAUUUUGUUCUGGUCUGUCUAUUCAUAUUAGAUUUGAGCACACAGAGAGAUAACCCCAAAACAGCAGGUUAUACAAUGGUAACUAUCCGUAAUUUCCUAUUAACUUAAACUGAAACCCGGUAUUACUGACAUUGUCUUCUAUGACUGAUCUUCUUUGAAGCUGGUUUGUUUGAAUGCUAUUUGGCCUUGACUGAUUUUAUUCACAUUUGCUUUGCUUGCUGGUAUCAAGUCCAAGAGUAGAGGCAACUACUCUGAAGAUGACAAGAUGUAAAAGAUAUACACUGGGGGGCUGGGGAUUUAGCUCAAUGGUUUAAGCACCUUUCUGGCAAGUGUGAGGUCAUUUG